AUGGAGAAGAAGAUCAAAGCCGCGCAAUUGAAAAAGCGCCAAGCGCAUGCGUUAAUACAAAACCUGGAACAGUUUAAGGAUUCCUACACGGCUAGGGAUAGUGGCGAUAUUCCGGUAUGCUUGGAACAGUUGGAAUGCCACAAGGCGGAUUUUAUGGAUGCUAUCUCUAAGCUGGAAGAGUUAGAUGACCGUCCCGAAGCCAUCGACGGUUACAUACAGGAACGGUGCGAUAUGGAUUCGCGUUUCCGACGCUUAAAGGGUUUCUUUCUUCAGCAACAGCCUACGGAGGCUAACCCCCUUAAUGCUUCUCUUCUGUAUGCCAACGCGAGUGCCUUGUCGACCAGCCAUACUGGGUCGAUUAAUCUCCGCCUACCGAAAAUCGAAUUACCAACGUUCGACGGUGAUUCGACAAAAUGGUUGACGUUCCGGGACAGAUUCGUGGCUAUGAUUGAUUCUUCUGUGGACAUCCCGUCAAUUAUGAAGCUACAGUAUUUGCUGUCGUCACUGAAGGGUGAUGCCGGUUUGCUCUUCGAGCAUACCACUCUGACGGCAGAUAAUUACGCCGUCACUUGGAACUCCCUGCUGAAACGUUAUGACAACCCGCGAAUGCUGACCCGUGAAUAUUACAGGAAGAUUCACUAUCUUCCCGCUGUGCAGUCGGAGAACGUGGAUGAACUCGCGCAGCUAGUCGAUGAAUUCACGCGGCAUGUCAACGGAUUGAGGAAGCUGAACGAGCCGAUCGAGACAUGGGACACCCCGUUGACGAAUAUGCUGUUCCUGAAGCUGGAUUCGAGCACCAUCCUUGCCUGGGAAAAAUUUUCUGCGCAUCAUGAAAAAGAUAAGUACAAACAAUUGAUAGAUUUCCUACAGGAUCGCGUCCGAAUCCUUCGGUCGACGAGGACAUAUGCGCAGGAAACGGAGUUGCAUUCGAGAAAAAUGACCGGCAGUGAACAGAAAAUGAGACUAAAGGCUGGGGUGAAUGCAGCAACGGCACGGAGGCCGCAACCCAAUCCAGCAACCGUACCAUCGUCGUCGUGUCCGUUAGGUUGUGCAGAAAUGCACAAUCUCCGGACCUGUCCGGAAUUUGCAAAGAAAGAACUACAUCAGCGGCGACAAAUCAUCGUUAGUGAACGGUUGUGCUGGAAUUGUUUGAACAGAGGGCAUCAAGUAAAAUCCUGCAGCUCGAGCCAUCGAUGCAAUACAUGCAAUGCACGUCACCACAGCAUGUUGCAUGAUCAUCUACAUCCGAAAGCUAUAUUGAGUGUUCAUGCGGAUGUCGAUGCAGUAUGCCUCGAAACGGUCGUUCUCAACCUAGUAGAUGAUCAUGGAUUCAGAUACGAAGCUCGAGCAUUGUUGGACUCUGGGUCCAUGUGUAAUUUGAUUUCGGAUUCAUUGGCAAGGCGAAUGUUAUCAACGCAGUCAAAAGUUAACGUCACGGUGUCGGGUAUCGGGCAGGCAUCACAGCAGAUUAAGGGCUGCAUUGUAGCCACCGUAGAGUCGAAAUCGCAGCAAUUUUCGAGUCAGCUUGAGUUCCUCGUACUGAAAAAUCCAGUAAUGGACAUUCCUACGGAACCGAUAGAUGUGACUGCGUGGAAAUUCCCAACAGACAAUCUAGCAGAUGAGGCAUUCAACAUCCCUGCCAAAAUCGAUGUUGUGAUAGGAAGUGAAGCAUAUUGGGAGAUGCACACCGGUAGGAAACUUUCAUUGGGAAAGGGCAAACCGUGGCUGGUUGAAACUCCCUUCGGUUGGGCAGUUGCUGGCAAUACCUCCCUUGUAUCGACAUCCAUUCAGCGGUCAUGUCACACAACGACCAUUCAAGCUACGCUUGAUGGGAUGCUACAACGGUUUUGGGAGACAGAGAGCAUCAUGGAGGGUCCAGCUAUGUCAUUGGAAGAGAACAUGUGUGAAAAACAUUACGUUGCCACUACUCAUCGUAAUGCACAAGGUCGGUACGUCGUUUCUCUACCUCAGAAUCUAAGUUCAUCCCGUGUGCUUGGACUAUCAAGGGCGAUCGCCGAUCGUCGACUGCUAGGUGUGGAACGUCGUUUGAAGAGCAAUCCUGAAAUGGAUAUUGAAUACAAACGGUUCAUGAGAGAGUACGAGGAGCUGGGGCAUAUGAGGAAACUUACAGAACCGGUGGAUGACAGCAUAACACAUUGUUACAUACCUCAUCAUGCAGUGCUGAAGGAAUCCAGCACAAGCACCAAAGUACGAGUCGUUUUUGAUGCAUCCUGCAAAACGACUUCUGGAUACUCCCUCAAUGAUACCCUGUUAGUUGGGCCAAUCGUUCAAGAGGAUCUCUUGUCGAUCAUCUUGCGAUUCCGGUCUCAUGCCAUAGCAAUCGUUGCGGAUGUAGAGAAAAUGUAUCGUCAGAUUCUCCACAGUGAUCAGGACCGGAAUCUUUUGCGUAUACGAUACAGAGAGAGCCAAGUAGAUCCCAUAGCAACGUAUGAGCUGACAACAGUCACGUACGGUACGGCGUCGGCUCCGUUUCUAGCCACUCGAACACUACAGCAGAUAGCCCAUGACCAUAAGGACAAGUUCCCGAAGGCUGUAAAUCCCGUCCUACAUGAUUUUUAUGUUGACGAUCUGCUUACCGGAGCGACCGAUAUAAACGAAGCCAUAGCAGUUCGGAAGCAAAUUUCAGCUAUGCUGAAUUCAGCUGGCUUCACUUUGAAGAAAUGGGCUUCUAACGUUCCGGAGUCACUACGAGACGUGCCACAGGAGGAUCUUGCGAUUCAAUCCUUGCACGAGUGGAAGGAUGGACAAGCAGUCAGCACAUUAGGGUUAGUUUGGGAACCCGGAAACGAUAUGUUUUGCUUCAAGGUCGAUCUUCCAUCACCGGCAGAAGUAUUAACAAGGAGCCUUGUAUUGUCGUAUACCGCAAGCAUUUUUGACCCUAUUGGCCUACUGGGUCCGACCAUCAUCCUGGCGAAAGUCUUUCUGCAGCGGUUGUGGUGUUUAAGGCAUGAUGGAAAGGCGUACGAUUGGGAUCGUGCACUACCCAACGACCUCCAAGAAGAGUGGAGAAAGUUUCACUCUACCUUAUAUUUGCUACGCAAACUCCGAGUGCCUCGAUUUGUUGCUCAGCCAAAGACGGUCAACCUACAACUGCACGUUUUUGCUGAUGCGUCACAAACUGCUUAUGGAGCUUGCUGCUAUGUGCGUGCAGAGUCGAUGCACACAACUUCAGUGAAACUAUUGGCUGCCAAAUCCAAGGUAGUUUCAUUGGCAAAUACGCACUCAAUUGCCAAGUUGGAGCUCUGUGCCGCACGAUUGGCAAUUCAAUUGUACCAGAAGGUGAGUCGGGCUCUUACGACUUCUACGAUAGCCGUUUGCUGGACAGACUCGAUGACGGUGUUAUACUGGCUGAAUUCCCCACCACGUCGGUGGAACCCGUUUGUUGCCAACAGGGUGGCACAGAUCCAGGAAGAGAUAAGAGUGGCAGAAUGGCGUCAUGUCCCUGGUAGUGACAAUCCGGCGGACGACAUAUCACGAGGACUAAAGCCGGAAGAACUGUUGGAGUGUAAUCGUUGGUGGCGUGGGCCUCAGUGGUUGGCUUACGGCCAAGACAAAUGGCCAAAAUCGGCACCAAUCCCAAAGAAGCACGACGGGGACAUUGAAGAACGAGUAGCUGCGUCACGGAUCGUAACAGUUUCUACGAAGUGUGAAUUCCGUGGCACCUUCUUCAAGCGGUUCUCCGUUUACAACAGAAUGAGACGUGUGAUGGCAUACUGUCUACGAUUCAUUGAUUGUCUUCGCAAUGCAUCAAUGGUCAGGUGCAAGAAGCAGACUAUCAUCGGGAAGCUUGAGAACACUAUUCCACCGCUUACGGCUUUGGAACUGCGAAGAGCGGAGUUGAAGCUAUGCUUCUUGGCUCAACAGGACUCAUUUGCCGAUGAGAUAACAUACCUGAAAAAGGAAAAACAGAUUUCAUCGAGCUCCAAAUUGAAAUGGUUGUCACCUUACCUCGAUCAUACCGGUAUGUUACGCAUCGGUGGCCGGCUUGGUAAUGCUGAAUUACCAGAAGAAGGCAAACACCCAAUUAUGCUAUCGUCGAAGCAUCCAUUGAGUGUUUUACUGGCAGUGGCGUAUCAUGUAAAGUUGUUACAUGCUGGUCCCCAGCUAUUACUAGCCACACUUCGCCAAAGGUUUUGGAUGAUUGGUGGUAGAAACCUUUCAAAGGCUGUUUUCCAUCGCUGCCAGGUUUGUUUCAAAAACAAGCCCACACUGAUAAAACAAGCCAUAGCUGAUUUGCCGACAUCAAGGGUUUCUCCGAAUAGACCCUUCUCGAUCAGCGGAGUGGACUACUGUGGCCCAUUCAUGAUCAAGUCAACAGUCCGAAACCGAAGUCCUACGAAAGCAUAUAUUGCUAUCUUCGUUUGUUUUGCGACCAGGGCAGUUCACAUCGAGUUGGUCAGUGAUUUGACAACAACAGCGUUCUUGGCAGCACUACGUCGAUUUGUUGCCCGCCGUGGCAAGGUGUGUGAGUUACACUCAGACAACGCGACAACGUUCAAGGGAGCUGCCAACGAACUACGUCGUCUCUACGAGAUGCUGAAGACCAACGAUGAGGACCGCAGGAGCAUAGUCGACUGGUGUGCCAACAAUGAGAUGGAUUGGAAGUUCAUACCUCCACGGGCACCUCAUUUUGGAGGACUUUGGGAAGCGGCGGUGAAGUCGGCUAAAAAGCAUAUGAUGAAGAUAAUUGGCACUACUAGCAUAACGCAGGAGAAUAUGCUCACCCUUCUUGCUCAGGUCGAGCAAUGUCUGAAUUCUCGCCCUCUAAUUUCGUUAUCGGACGAACCCUCAGACACUGAAGCACUAACUCCUGGUCAUUUUCUUGUAGGAAGCAAUAUGCAGGCUGUACCAGAGGUUGACAUGAGGCACAUUCCGAGCAACCGCCUAAAGGAAUACCAACUCGUGCAGAAGCAAGUCCAGCAAAUCUGGUCACGAUGGUAUCCGGAGUAUCUGCAGCAGCUUCAGGCUCGAGCUAAGCACUACAACAACGCGCCGGUUGAGCUGGAGAUCAAUCAGCUCGCGAUCAUAAAGGAGGACAAUCUCCACCCGACCGUGUGGCCGCUGGGACGCAUUACAGCGCUACACCCUGGCAAGGACGGAAUCACACGCGUAGUUACGUUGCGCACAGCCGGGGGAAAAGCAAUAACACGAGCCGCGAAUAGGUUAGCUCUAUUACCACGACCGAUUAGAUUAGACCGAUAG